ACGAGAUCGACCCGGGUCUCGCCCGCUUGCACCACCUGUUUUUUUCUUCACCUUCCUGCAACCACAGCCAGCCGACACAACACAACGCAGUCCAGCCCAAGCCAGAACGGUCUAUCCGCUGACUAGACCCAACCACCCAAAAACCCCACCAUCUUUGGCAAAGGGUACGUACCUCGGGCGCCGCGCCUAGGGAAAGAAUUGAGAAACGCCCUUGCCUCCCCCCGGUCUCGCCCCAACCUGGUCACCUCACCAAAAUCCCUGCCCUGUCUGCAGCUUGUCUCAGGGCCACCCCGGCACCCCCCAGUAGCAACCCAAGGGUCCCCACCAGCAAAACCCGCCCCAGGCUCAGCCUCGUGAACAGGCAAAAGUCGCGUCACCCUCUUACGAACAAGCCCCAAGCCAUACAAAGCCCCUUGGGACUUGGCUCAGGAGGCCCAUCUAUACAACAGCUACCUUGUCCCGGUACAGCCCAACCACCAAUAGGGUUUCUGUGCUCACUCUUUUCCCUGCCCUUCUCUUCAACUUGCUGGUCAAGUGUAGAAAGGCAAAUCCAAGAGGAAGAAAAAAAAAGGCUGCAGCCUCACCAUCUCGCGAAGACUCAUAAGGGAAACCUGGGCCCUCGCCACACACAAAUUCAUCCUUCACUCCCAACCACACAUCACUUAACUCACCAUGGCAUCACAAACAUUCUACACGGCUCUCAGCCCUGCAGAGCUGAACGCCAGGGCUCUGGACGAGUUUAUCUAUGAGAGGGUCUCGGACGACAUGAUUAGCUAUCUCGCACAGGCAGCACGGGAUGUCAUCCGCUGUGACGAGAGCAUGAUGCCCCCUUCGCCCACCACGGCAGCAUCACCUGCACCUGCAUCCUACCAGCCCUACAACAACAGCUCAAGGUUACCCAUCACCCCUCCCAGGAGUCCUCCCCCCGUGGCCUCUGGAGACAAGUUCCUCCCCUCGCUCGAGGAAUUCAUCUACAACCUGGUCUGGUCCUCAAACGUCCAGGUCCCCACCCUCAUGUCGACCCUGGUCUACCUGAACCGUCUCAAGUCUCGGCUCCAGCCCGAGGCCAAGGGCCUGAGGUGCACCGCUCACAGGAUCUUCCUGGCCGCCCUGAUCCUCACCGCCAAGUACGUCAACGACAGUUCGCCCAAGAACAAGCACUGGGCCAGGUAUACCGAGAUCUGGGACGACGCCAACGGGCCCCGCAGGGACUACAAGGGCCGCGAGCGCCCUGCUGACUUCCAGUUCUCUCGCACCGAGGUCAACCUGAUGGAGAAGCAGCUUCUGAUGCUCCUCGAGUGGGAGCUCCGUAUCACCAGGGAGGACCUGUACCGCGAGCUGGACCUCUUCCUCGAGCCCAUCCGCCAGAGAGUCUCCGCACAGCACGAGAGAGAGUUGCGCCGCAUGGAGGCCAAGGCACUUCGUGCCGAG